AUGGCGCCGGCGCCUCUUUCCCCUUUCUACCUCAAUAUCCCCAAAUUACUAACCAAUUUCAAGCUUGCGUACUCCACCUCCAGCUUCCCUCCCAAUCUCAUACACCUGUUUUCCAAGCCGCCGAUAACCGCCGCGUCCUCCGCCCGCGCCGUCGUAGAACCCAUCCACAGUGACGACGAAAAGCACGAUGCGAUACCCACCAAAACCAAGAAAGCCCGAACCAUGGCCCAACUUAUCAACUCCAAACCCUGGUCGGCCCAACUCCCGUCCUCCCUCUCCGCGUAUACUCCCCUCUCCCAAACAGCCUUCUUUCAGACCCUCCGCCGCAUCAAAGACCCUUCCAAGGCCCUCCGCUUCUUCAAAUGGGCCCGAGACUCGGGCUUCACUCACAACCACCACUCUUACUUCAUCAUGCUGGAAAUCCUGGGACGGGCCCGGAAUCUCAACCCGGCCCGAAAUUUCCUCCUCUCCAUACCCAAGAAGUCUGGCAACACCGUCCAGCUGACUGAUAAAUUCUUCAACAGCUUGAUCCGAAGCUAUGGCGAUGCUGGGCUUUUCCAGGAAUCCAUUAAGCUUUUCAAAGUUAUGAAAUCCAUGGCCAUUUUGCCUUCUGCUGUCACUUUUAAUAGUUUGUUUCAUAUUUUGCUCAAGAGGGGUCGGUUGGCGAUGAUUCAUGAGCUGUACGAUGAAAUGCUUAGGACUUAUGGGGUGAAGCCCGACUCGUACACUUUCAACAUCUUGAUAAGAGGGUUAUGCAAGAACUCCAAGGUUGACGAGGCGUUUAGAAUGUUUAAAGAAAUGGACACAUUUAACUGCAAGCCCGAUCUGAUAACUUACAAUACUAUCGUUGAUGGAUUGUGUAGAGUGGGAAAAGUGAAUGUUGCACGUAAUGUGGUGAACGGUAUGCUCAAGAAGAGUGGGGACAUGAGGCCAAAUGUCGUUACUUACACCACUUUGAUCAGAGGGUUUUGUGGGAAACGAGACAUUGACGAGGCAUUGUGUGUGUUUAGAGAGAUGAUUGAUGGGGAGAUUAAGCCGAACAAUAUUACUUGCAACACACUCAUACAAGGGCUUUGUGAAUCUCAAAAGUUUGAUAUGUUAAGAGAGGUUUUAGAGGAAUGUGAGAGAGAAAGCGAUGGGUUUGUUCCCGACACGUGUACUUUCAACACAUUGAUGAAUGCUCAUUGUAAUAAUGGGAAUUUGGGGGAUGCAUUGGGAUUUCUCGAGAGGAUGAAGGAGAUGAACGUUAAACAGGAUUCAGCCACUUACAGUAUUCUAAUCCGUGCCUUGUGCCAAAAUGGUAAUUAUGAGAAAGCCGAAGAGUUGCUAGAUGAAUUGUUUGAGAAAGAAAUUUUGUUGCACGAUAACAACUGCACACCACUUGCCGCAUCGUUCAAUCCCAUUUUUGAGUAUUUGUGUGCAAACGGGAAAACCAAGAAGGCUGAAAAAAUUUUGAGGCAGCUACUGAAAAGAGGCACACAGGAUCCAGUUGCUUUUGAAACUUUAAUCUUGGGGCACUGUAAAGAAGAUACUUUUGAGGAUGGGCACAAGCUCUUAGUCCUGAUGCUGAGAAGAUACUUUUUGCCCAGUUUCAAGAUCUAUGAAUCUCUAAUCAAAGGUUUGUUGAGAAAACGGGAGGUGGGCCUUGCACACGAUACUCUAGAGAAAAUGGUGAGAAGUUCUUAUUUGCCGAGGACGUCUGUUUUCCACAGUGUUUUGAUGGAGCUUAUUGAAAAAGGUUUCGCUCGUGAAUCUGCAGACUUGAUGGUACUGAUGUUGGAUAAAGAGAUUACACCAAACAUGAAUCUCUCCACUGAGGUUGUCCGAUUGUUGUUCAAGAGCCGCAUGCGAAACAGGGCAUUUGAGCUGGUUAAAAGAAUUUAUGAAAAUGGUUAUGUGGUUGGCAUGGAAGAACUUGUGGUCUUCCUUUGUCGGGACAAGAAAUUAUUAGAGGCAUAUGAGUUAAUGAUGUUUAGUGUGAAAAAUGACCAGCAUAUUGGUGUAACCUCAUGUAGUACAGUUUUGACCGAGCUUUGUAAGGGUCGCAGGUUAUCAGAAGCGUUUCAGGUUUACUAUGAAUUAUUGGAAAAUGGUGUCAAACUGCCGAUGAGCUGUCUUGUGGAGUUACGAAGUGCACUUGAAGCUGGUGGAAAGUUGAAGGAAGCUCAAUUUGUUGCUAAGAGAACGAGUGACUAG